AUGCUGUGGGCAGUCGCUGCGCGGGAGCAGGCAGACCCCGGGCGCGGCCGCUCCGCCGCCGCGCUGGCCGAGGUCGACGCCGCCGACGUGCUGCGGGCGGCCGACUACGACCUGGGGUGCCUGCGCCCCCGCGCGCCAGCCGCGCGGUUCGUGGGGCCCGCCGCCGGCAGCGACGACGAGGGCGAGGACGGCGACAGUGGGAGCGGGGGGAGCGCGGACGACGCGUCGAGCAGCGAGGCCUCCGAGCCAGGCUCCGAGGGCGCGGGCGUCCCGGGCCUUGGCCGGUGCUUCCACUGCACCUCGCCCGCGUGGCGGAGCCUGGGCUCGGCCGUGGCCUCCGUGGCGCCCACGCCGCCCGAGGCCUCGGUGUUCGCGCGGGACGCGCUCGCGAAGAACGACUUCGAGUUCGGCGUCCUGGAGGAGUGGCUGGGCGCGCAGGGCUGCGAGGUGGCCGCCGCCCUGGAGUCGGUGCUGGUCGACCCGAACCCGCCGGGCGUGCGGCCGGUCGCCCUGCGGGACCCGCGCGCUCUGCCGCGGGGGCCCUGGGGCGGCGUGCUGGCCUGCCGGCCCUGCGCGACGUCGGUGCUGGGAGACGUCGUGUGGUCUAUUCGGGAGCGCAUCCCCGACGCCGAGCUGCCCGCGCGGGCCCGCGGGCGCGCCGACUGCUGGUACGGGCGCGCAUGCCGCACGCAGUCCCACAAGGCCUGCCACGCCGCCAGGCUGAACCACGCCUGCGCGCCGCGGCGCCCCGACUAG